AUGGCUUGUUCUGGAAAUGACAGGAGGUCCGACUUGCUGGCUGGCUCCCAGGAGAUGGUGUGCUCCCGGGGAAAGCAGGUCCACGAAGUGUUCCCUGUCGGGGAAAGGCUCAUUACGAGUCCACGAGAACCUGGUGUGCAGCACGGGGCCUCCGGGCCCCUCCGCACCUCCCGCCUGGCGCGCACCAAGUACAACAACUUCGACGUGUACGUGCGUGCGCGCUGGCUCUACGGCUUCAUCCGCUUCCUGCUCUACUUCAGCUGCAGCCUCUUCACGGCCGCGCUGUGGGGCGCGCUGGCCGCGCUGUUCUGCCUGCAGUACCUGGGCGUGCGCGUCCUGCUGCGCUUCCAGCUCAAGCUGUCGGUGCUGCUGCUGCUGCUGGGCCGCCGGCGCGUGGACUUCCGCCUGCUCAACGAGCUGAUGGUCUACGGCAUCCACGUGACCCUGCUGCUGGUGGGCGGCCUGGGCUGGUGCUUCAUGGUCUUCGUGGAUAUGUGAGCGCCCGCGGCCUGGGCCGGGCUCGGUUACUGUGACCAGUGGGGCCGAUGCCUGCGGCCGGCCGCUUCUUGACCGGGUAGCUCAGGGCCUUGUCUUUCACGCUACGUCCAGUAGCUGGUUCUCUGCCCAGGAGAGGAAUGGGCUGUGACUUCUGUGCAUGGACGCUGCGCCCUCCCGUCCGCUGACCCUCCAGUGUGUGCAUUCAGGGGCACUCACCCUUGGCCACCCGCCAUGGUUCCAGCCCGCACUUUUCCAGGCCGUGCUUGGGGGCGGUCACGAUCAGUCUGUACUUGGAGAGCCUCUGUGUCCCGUCCACUCCCCAGGACACAGGCGUCCCCAGUGGUGUAGGGGUGUGCUGCCCAGGAGCAAGUCUGGAGGGGUCUUCCUGGCCUCGCCCCGGCCCCAGCCGUAGGGAAGCAUCGGGUCCAUUCACCACACUGCCACAGGGCCGCCCCGGCAGCACCCUGAGAGGUGGCCAGGUUGCUCAGUGACCACCUUGGGGCCUUGAGUCCCGGCCAGUCUUCAGGGCCUUGUUUGUGCAGGCGCAGUCCAGCAGGGAGUCAGAGCCCCGGGCAGACCCGUCUUCCUCCUGGGCAGGUCGGGGAGUGUCAGGCCCCUUCACAUGUGGGUUUCUGGGGAGGCACCUCAAUCCCUCUCUGGCUCUGGGGGCUGCUUUUGGUCAGAACACAGAAUGGGGACGCGUGUCUGGAGCAGAUGUCGGAGGUCUCGGGCGGUGCGCUGGGUGUGCACCACGAAACGUGGGCAGACCUGUGUUUCAGGCACCCUUAGCGUCGGGGGGAGGGGGGGGUGGCCCGGGGCUGGAUCUCUGGGUGAGGGGCGAGGCCGCCCCUUUGCUCCUGCCCCGGGGCAGUUAGAGCAGCUGGGGAGUGGAAAGCAAAAAUGAAUGUCUGCAGGGACUGUGGCCAGGAAAGAACAAAGGGCCGGUGGUCCUGGGGGACUGUUUUGGUCACAGAGAACACACUCCAGAGCCAGCGUCUGUCCAGACCCUUCCUCUGGCCUUCUGCAGCGAGGGGGACAGGGUGGCCAUGUCGCUCAGUGGCCACCGUGGGCCUCCUUGGCCAGUGGGCGGCCACCUGAAUAAUUCUGCUGGGACAACAGGCAGAGUGGCCCCUUUGACCCUGCCUGGCCAGGGAAGCCAGGGGGACUGUCAGGACAGUUAUGUGCCACUGGAAGGAACCCCAAAUCAGGUAGAGAAAGCAAAAAGCACUUGGCUGUAACCAUGCCGCUCUGUGGCCGGCUCUGCUGGACGGUGGUCAACCUGAGGUCAGUGGGAGGGCUCCUGGAGGAAGGAGCUGAGGAGCUGACCCUCAGGGACCCCCUCAGCACUGCGGAGCAUCUUUUGCACUAAGUCAUGCUGUUUCCUAUAAGCUUUGUUUUGUGUUAAUUCACGCUGCUCAGAUCCUUCGAGGUCCCCUGACUGAGGUAGGCGUGAGCACACCAUGGGGAUGGCAGGGGUCUGGAUGUGUGCCCCUUGGGUGUCUGCGCGGCAGUGCUAGGAGUUGACACGCUCAAUGAGUAGUUGCCCGGGGUCUCGAGUGCCUGUGAAAUUCUUUAUGAAACGAGCCACCUGCAUUAAACUUAUUUUUUUAAUGUGUU